AUGCAACUCAAGCAGCUCACCGCUCUCGCCCUUGCUGGCGUUGUCUCCGGCCAGUCUCUGACUGAUCUCAUCGGUCAGAACCAGGACCUAUCUCAGCUCGCAACACUGCUUGGCCAGUAUCCCGACCUUGCCCAAACACUGGGUGGUCUGUCCAACAUCACCGUCCUGGCACCGAACAACGCUGCCCUCUCGGCCCUUCUGAACGACUCGUCAGUUACGGCCGCUGUUGCCGCCGACCCAGGUCUUGUCCCUGCCAUCCUGACCUACCACGUUCUCAACGGUACAAUCAGGUCCACGGAUAUCACCGAUACUCCUGCCUUCCCCAAGACCCUGCUCACCAACUCCACCUACACCAAUGUCACCGGCGGACAGGUUGUCAAGGCUGAGACCGAGGACAACAGUGUCGUGUUCACCAGCGGUCUUCUAAGGCAGAGCCGCGUUGCGACCGCGGACGUGACUUUCACGGGAGGAAUUGUCCACAUCAUCGACUCGGUGCUCACCAUCCCCGCCAACGACAGCGCGACCGCUCUCGCAGCCAACCUCACCGCCCUUGCUGGUGCCCUGACCACCGCAGACCUGGUCUCCACCGUUGACACGGCGCAGGACGUGACCAUCUUCGCGCCCUCGAACGAGGCCUUCGCCGCCAUCCAGAACCUGGCCGCGAACCUGUCCACCGACCAGCUGUCCAGCAUCCUGACCUACCACGUCGUCCAGGGCACCGUCGGCUACAGCUCCUCGCUCACCAGCGGCGCCCAGCUGACCACCCUCAACAACGGCCAGGUCACCAUCACAAUCGACGAGGGCGACGUCUUUGUCAACUCGGCCGAGGUCGAGGUCGCCGACGUGCUCGUCUCCAACGGCGUCGUCCACGUCAUCGACAACGUCCUGAACCCCGACAACUCCACCGCCCGCCCGGACGUCACCGCCUCCACCCAGCUCCCGGCCUUCAGCGGUGCCAGCAGCGCCUCGGACAUCCCCUUCACCUCUGGUAUCACCGCUACUGGUACCGCUGCUCCUACCGGUGGCGCCGGUGCCACUGCCACUUCCAGCGGGGCCGCUGAGGCUGGUGUGCCCGUCCAGACUGCCGCCGUCGGCGCCGCUGCCCUGUUCGGUGGUGCUGCCAUGCUCGCCAACUGGUAG